CGUUUUCACCACUGCCACUUCACUAAACACAAUUUCGUCUACUUGGGCAUUGCAGAGAUGGUGUUGCCACUUGCUCUGUUUGGUAACUGUUGGUGUUCCUGUUCUUCUACCAUCUUCUGUCCAUUCCCACUACCAAACCCACCCUCUCGUUAUUCUUCAACCUUUCACACUAAGCUUCAGCCUCAACCCCAAUGCUCACUCGCUAAAAUCCACGUCAAACCCCAACUAUCAAACCGCGACUCCAUUCGUCGCUGUCGCAGCACCAAUUCCCUUCCCAUUGCUGAUGCUCAAGCCGCGUCGUUCUUUGCUCUGUUUCAAGAAAUUGGGAUUGGCUUUGAGGAAACUCGAGUGCUCUUCUCCAACAACCCUGACCUAACCUCUGUGUCUGUAGAAUCAUUGCGCGCUCGCCUUAGUUCUCUACGAUCUCUCGACUUCGACCCUCUCGCACUCGGCAAAUUAAUCACAAAGCGUCCAACUGUCCUAACAGACAACCAAAUUGACCCUUUGUUGACCUUCCUUCGAGACGAAUUGCAAGGAAAACUCGAGAAACCGCGACUGAAUCGCCUCUUAUCUUCUACGGAACAAAAUAUAUUGGCGAGUUUUCCUCAGAAGGUUCGAUUCCUCGUUGACCGGGGAAUCCCCGUUGACCAGGUUGUGCAUGUGCUUAACAAAGUGAGUUUGCCAAAGGUCUUGUGUGGCAGGUCGGUUGAUGAAAUCGAUAGAACUUUAGCGUUCUUCGAACCCUUUGGUGGCAUUGAUUUGAUUCUUAAACGCCCUCAAAUUUUGAACCAUGAUUUGGAUGCUCAAAUUAUUCCAAGAGUGAAUGUUCUGAUGGAGCUUAGUGAUGGAGAUGUGGAUAGUGUUGGGAAGGUGUUGGUUAGGUUUCCCCUUUUUUUGAACUAUAGUGUGGAACAUGUGGAGGGACAUGUUGGGUUUUUGAGUUCUUUUGCUGAGCUAGAUUACAGACAGAUAUUUAGGAUAAUACAAGUGUAUCCGGCUGUUGUUACUGCCAGCAGAGAGAGGAAACUGCGUCCAAGAAUACAGUUUCUCAAGGACUGUGGGUUAGACUCAGAUGAAAUCUUCAAGUUCUUGAUUAAAGCGCCCACAUUUCUCAGCACUUCAUUCCGUGAGAACAUUGCAUAUAAGCUGGUGUUGCUGGUGAAGAUUGGGUAUAGGUUCAGGACAAAGGACUUCUCAGUGGCGGUUAGGUCUGCCACUAGGACAAACAGUAUGAACAUGCAGAAGGUGAUUGGUAUGUUCUUGAAUUAUGGGUUUUCAUGUGAAGAGAUCGUUGCCAUGAGCAAGAAGCAUCCACAAAUACUACAGUAUAAUCACGCUUCUUUGGAGAUGAAGAUGGAAUACUUGAUAGAGGAAAUGGGGCGUGACACUGAGGAGUUACUGGUUUUUCCUGCAUUCCUUGGGUACAAGUUAGAUGAUAGGAUUAAGCAUAGGUAUGAAGUGAAGAAGAGUGUUAGAGGUGCAGGAAUGUCUAUCAAUAAGCUUUUAUCUGUUUCCGAGGAGACAUUCACUGGCAAACCAAAAAAGGCCCAUGCAUAGCGGAGCUUCAGUAAUAUAAAGGUGAAUAGUCAACCUAUUUUCUUUCUUCUGCUUCAGUUUUGAUGCCCCUUUUUGUUUCAUUCCUUGUGUCUCAAAGCCUUAUCCAAGGAACCGUAGUAGGAAGAGUAGUUCUACCACUUCUUCAGCUCUAUGAAUUCAUACCGGGCGUUAAAAGAGAGGGGAAAUCUUGUAGUGUGAUGGGUGCAAUCAUGUAUAAAAACACAUUUCAUGCA